UUAGGGGGGAGUGUAAAAGGAAAUUCCGAGAUCUAUUUGGCUUUGCCCGUUAGCGCGAUGAGGAUGGCUUUGUCAGUUGUUCACUUGGAGCGGCCGCGUAAGGUCGUUGUUGUACAUAAAGAUCUUGCCGUGAGAAAGGUUGGGAAAUGUCCGUUGCAGAGAAGAGCACCACGUGCAAGAUUGAAUGGCAUGUAACCAACAUCAACAGCAAGUCACACGAAAUUGAAUUAGAAGAUGGAUUUAAAGUGUGUUUUGGCGUUAAAACUGUCGCAUUCCAACACGUAAUUUAUUUAGUCUCCAAAUCUAGCCAACCGUCCGUUUUCGACAUUGGUGAAGUUCUUUUUACAACUUGUGCUUCACCAGAUCAACGCCGGCGAAUGUUUCGCGUCACGUCCGAAGGACCGAAUUCUGUUUAUUCCGCCGAGCUGUCGGAAUUGAAAACACCCCUCACUAUUGCCUGCUGGAUAUCACUUAGGAUUAUGGAGACACUGAAGAAUUAUGCAUUCCAUUUGGAGGACACUCUUCUGACAGAACAAUUAUGGAUUUCUGCUAAAAAUGGCCGCCUCACUGAUGUCGAAUUUCAAGUUGGACAGGCUUCCAAAAGUAAAACGUUUACUGCCCAUCGUUCAAUUCUAACAGCUCGUAGUCCUGUACUGGCCGGAUUGUUUGAAAAGGAGGAAUCGUCAUCCAGCCACAUCAUCAUUGAAGACAUGCAGCCAUCCAUUUUCAAGCAUUUUUUGCGUUUCAUCUACACGGGGCAAUUGCGAUCCUCAGCAAUGGCAAAUUUGUCGGAAAUUCAAGCAUUAGCCGACAGAUAUCAGAUAGAAACACUCCAGAAAUUGUGUCGUCAUCCACUUCAGGAGAUGAAUGCAUCGGAACUGACAUCACUCAUUUUAUCCAUCACCCAUACUCCUGCUUCAUCGAAACUAGAUGCAACUACUCUAUUCGGAAAACCUCUCCAUAAACUGGCACAUAUGUCUCCUCUGCUCGUCGGCGCAGACCAUCAAACUUCUAAUAACCAGACUGGUAGCACUACAGCCCUGGAUAGAGCCAAUUUUUUCUUUACUGGGAAUCCAUUGACCCCCGCGGCCAGUACCAACUCUUCUGAAUUCUCAUUUCCCAAGUUGACCCAUCCCACUGGUCCUGUAUCAUUCCACUUUGGAAACAGGACGUCUUCGGGCAAUGGUGCUUCACCUGUUAUCGCCUUGCAAGCGCCGGGCAAGUUUAAUAUAGGAUCGACGCCUGCUUCUGCGUGCUCGAUAUCUAAAGGAAAGUUUCCAGCAAUUUCCAGUACUCCUUCUACAAGUGGGAAUUCAGUUUUAAAUCCUGGAACGGCCUUCUCAGCGCCUUCAGGAGAAGGGCCGUCGGGUAGUCAAAUGCAAACAGCAUCGAUGGGGCCUAGUACAUCUACGUUCACCUUUAAACAACCCGUAGAUGUCAACUCUGUUACAUUGAAGGCAGCUGUCGUUGCGGCUGCAAUAAGUCGUCUUCGCAUGGUUUUCGAUGAAUUCUUGGGAACAGAGGAAACAAUGGACCUCAACGACAGUUUUUCGACAGACGCUGUCAACGUUAGUGCUCCUCCUCCGUCUCCAGAACCGAGUUCAAAAAAAAAUCCCACGUUCCAGUUUUCACAGCCGAAGUCAGGAGUGUCUACGGCAUCGUCAUCAACGGCUGACCCUUCCUUUCCUACAACAGCCAAGAAAGGGCGAUGCAGUAAAGUUCCAGAUAAAUCACCACGUAGUUCAGCACUACAGACACCGGUCACACCUUUGGUUGAUGGCAUCAAACUUGAAUGUCCUUCUCUGCGUUCAUCAAACCAAUUUGCGGAAGUGGAUGAUAGUAGAAGCAACACAUGUUCCCCUACAUCUAUGAGCCGAAUACAAAAUGACACCAGCCGACAUCAAAGUGCCUCCGAGACAAGGAAACAUUUUGCCCAAAGUAAAUUACUUGGAUUACCUAUUCUUCAGAUGCCUCAUCUCCAUAACUGUGAAAAAGGAACAAAAACUUUGUAGAGGCAAACUAACAUGUCAGCAUCUGGAGCAACUUUGCGUAAAUUGGUAAUUGAAAAUAAAAGA